GAAGAGCUGAACACUUCCUGGAGAAUAACAACAAAGUCCCGUACGCAAGGACCGUGUCCGUGACGAUGGACGGAAAGACCAAAGUUUGAGACGCCGUUUUUAACCAUUUAGUGGUAAAAAUAAACGUAAUAUAAGUGGGCUUUUUAUUCAAGAUUACAAGUUUUCCAUGGAAAAAUAAAUUCACAGCAAAAGCAAAAAGAAAUCAAAUGGCACCAAAGAAAGGCAAAGGAAAGAAAGGAAAGAAGAAGAAGCUGAAGGGAAUGGUAGAACAUCCUGGUGACUUAGUUAAAAAGCUUCAAAGAAUUUAUGUAAAUAACUGUAAUCAAAAGAAAAGUGCAAUAUGCCCGGGUAUCAAGUCUUUGAUGAAGAGGUGUGCUGAAGAUGAUAAACUCAUAGUCAAGUUUAUCCUCGAGCCAAUUCCCAGCUGGGAAGACCCAGAAUUGUCAAACGUCCAACUGGAACCACUACUGAUGGCAAUUCGUCAUGAACGCUACAAGUGGAUUAAAGAAGUACACAUUUGGGAAAUUCCAUUAAAACAUGAAGAUGUUGCAAGUCUAGCAUUGACACUUGAGAAAGGACCAUACCCAAUCCAUCGACUUGAGCUUUUUAACUGUGAUCUGCAAGCAUAUGCACUGGAGAGACUUCUAAGAAAUGCAAGUUCCUUCACAACACCCCUAACCAUUCUUAAUUUAGAUGAUAACCAAUUUGGUGAUGAAGGUGUGAAAGGACUCUGCAAAGGGCUUAAAAAUAAUAAAACUUUGUUAAGUCUUAGCUUAUGUUAUUGUGACCUUGGUGUAGAAAGUGGUAUUAUGCUUGGAGAAAUAUUGUCAUCAACAGCGAUAAGGGAUGUAUACUUGAAUGGUAAUAAUUUGGAGACAGAGGGUGCUAUUGAACUAGUUAAACUGCUUGCUGACCAUGCUGAAAUGGAAUCAUGGGAGCGAGCAGAUAUGGUGGAAAGAAAGGCAGAAGAGGAAGCAGAGGCUGCAUUGUUAGCUAAAGAAAAGGAGCGUGUUGAAACAGCCAUGUCAGGAGACUCCAAACCAGGGUCAGCAAAGAGCAAGAAAAUUUUACAAGGAAAAAAGAAGAAAAGGAAAGGUAAGCGGUCUAAGAAAUCCAAAGGCCCCCCACCUCCACCACCAGUGGGACCGUUGAUACAUAAACUCCACUUGGCAGAUAAUGGCAUUGACAGCUAUGGAAAAGGCUCCACUUAUGGUCCAGUAAUUGCCAUGAGGUUGUUCAGGAAGUUGAUACAGCAUUCUGAGUGUUUAAAGGAGCUUGAUUUGGAUGAUAAUCAGAUAGGAGACUUAGGAGGAAGGCAGGUGAUGGAAGGGUUGGAGCAGCGGGCCUCAGCAGGCCUGCCUGGCAUGAAAGUUAGCGUUACACACAUGAUGAAUGGGCAAACUUUCAGUAGCAUUAUGAAAUUGGGAGCUGGAUUGAAGAAGAAAAAGAAGAAAGGCAAGGGGAAAAAGAAAAAGAAGAAAUGAAGUGAGAAAGAAUGAAAUUUUACAAUUUGAAUAACAACAAUUCAAAGCCUAUGAACAACUUGCCUAGAUUGCAAAGAAACUGCCUUCCAAACGUAGAGUGAAAUUGUCUGGAAAAAAAUAACCGGCAACGGGACAUUAAUCUUACAUAUCAUACUCAGUGGCAGCAUGUACUGGGAAAGAUAAAUUUAUUCCUCUCUAGUUCCUGUUUAAAUGUCAAAAUUUAUUUUAAUAUUCCCCUUUGUCAAUCAAUCACCUGUUUGUAUAGCUCUCUAUAUAUCUCUAUGUUUGAACACUGGAAGUGGAAGAUACAUAAUAUUUUAUACAUGGACAAUCAUGCAAAAUGUGACCUUUAAAGUAGCAGAUCUUUAUUUUGUAAAUUAAAUUAGGAUGAAUCUGUACUAUGCACAUUUUACUAUAAUUGACUAUCCAUAGAUCAUUUGAUAUAAACAUAUCAUAUUGCAAUAUAAAAAAAAACAUUGCUUAAUAGCAAUAACCUAGUUGUAGCAUAUAUCACACUCUAGAAAUAACAGGGAAAAAAUGUUAAUUUGUAAGAACACACUUGGUGAUUGAAGUUUGCUUGGUAAUCCUCUCAAAAAUUAUUUUAGUUUUACAGUCCUAAUAUUAAUCUAAUCUUUUCAUUUAUUGUUAAUAACCAAUUUUUUUUUCUUUAGCUGGAAAUGUAAUAACCAUUAAUCUACAGAUUAUUAACACAUUUGAACUUUUAUAAUUUGAAAUUAUGAACACAAAUUCAAAAAUCAACAAUCAGGUUUAUUUCUUUUAAAUCUACCAACACCUUUUUAUAAUUACUCUAUGCCUAAUUAGAGCUGGACACUGGAAGUUACACUAAUUAAAGACUAUGGUAUACCUUAGCUGGACUGAUAGAGGAUUUGGGUGUAGGAGGUGAUGUCACUACUGCUGUGGUUGAAAUUCUUUUUGGUAGCUUGUGGACUUCAUUGACAAUAAAUUGUGCACCAUCCUCAGCAUCAAUCAACUAGAAAAUAAGUAAAAAUUAUUAUAUUUAAGAAUAAUUAAGUAAUAUAUGUUGAACAUAUUUGUAAUCUAUCUGUAACUUUUUUAUAUUUUUUAUCAAUUUUUUAUAGGCUACUUUAAUACGUUAAUGUAUCGUCUUAGCCCCUGUGUUGUUUUGUAAUUUUAUGUUGAUUUGGCCAGGGGAUUUAGAAAAUACCCACAUCUUCUGUCAGGCUCUCAGCCCAUGGUGUCCUCUUGGCACCUCUCUCACCAUUUUUUGAUUUGUGAUUUUUGUACCAAAUAUGUAAUAAAUAAAUAAACAUA